AUGAAGGCUUACUGGUACGACGGCCUUGAUGGUGACCAGCGCCUGGCACACGACUCUGGCAAGGAGGUUACCGUCGAAGACCUGAAGAAGCUCGGUGUGUUUUACCACCAAAUCCCUGACCUGGACGGCGUCAAUCAGCUAGCAUCCGACCGCGGAUACCGAAACAGAGAUGAGAUUAUAGUGUCGCCAGAGAAGAUGGGCGAUAUCUAUGAGGAGAAGGUCAAAUCAUUCUUCCACGAGCACUUGCAUGAGGACGAGGAGAUUCGUUACGUUCGCGACGGGCAGGGUUUCUUUGAUGUGAGAAGCGCUGAUGACGCAUGGGUUCGUAUCCGUGUUGAGAAGGACGACUUAAUCAUCCUGCCUCCCGGCAUUUACCACAGGUUCACAACCGAUGAGUCCAAUGUAAUUGAUACCCAUGUGUCCACAUAUAGUGCAGCUGCUGACAAAUACCAGUAUAUCAAGGCGAUGAGGCUCUUCAAAGACGAGCCGAAGUGGACUCCUUUGAACAGAACGCAAGAUCUUGAUGUGAACCCACACAGGAAAGAGUACGUUCAGCAAUACCUUCACAACGGCGUGUCAGCAUAG